AUGUCAGUGAGCAAGCUUCCACAUCUCUCCCAUGGCGUUCACACCACUGAUUACUCCGAUUUCUCAAACGAACCAGUGAUUCUAAGCGUUUUGCUUCCCAGUCCUUCGCAGAUUCGCCUGUUCUCGGCUCUUUCCACCACCGCGAUCGGCGGCUCCGGGGUCGUCAAGUGUCACGGAACGAGAAAUAGCGGCGGGAGAGGUGAUAACGGUUUGAGGAGAGAGAGUGGAUUAGGUUUCGUCGAAGACGACGAGAGAGGAGGAGAGAGAAAAGUGCGUUGUGAGGUUGAUGUGAUCUCGUGGAGGGAAAGGAGGAUAAGAGGCGAAAUCUGGGUCGAUUCAGAUUCUCAAUCCGUCUGGAAUGUUCUUACUGAUUACGAGCGUCUUGCUGAUUUUAUCCCCAAUCUCGUUUGUAGUGGAAGAAUUCCUUGUCCGCAUCCAGGACGUAUAUGGCUGGAGCAACGAGGCCUUCAAAGAGCGUUGUAUUGGCAAAUUGAGGCUCGUGUUGUCCUUGAUCUCCAUGAGUGUACAGAUUCUCCAAAUGGCCGUGAGCUUCACUUCUCUAUGGUCGAUGGUGAUUUCAAAAAGUUCGAAGGAAAGUGGUCUGUGAAAUCUGGAGCCAGGUCCAUAGGAACUGUCUUGUCAUAUGAAGUAAACGUGAUACCAAGAUUUAACUACCCUGCCAUUUUCUUAGAGAGAAUAAUCAGAUCAGAUCUUCCUGUAAACCUCAGAGCCUUAGCACACCAAGCUGAAAGAAAUUACAAAAGUUACGGGAAACCGUCAAUAAUUGUAGAUUUGUUCGGUAGAACAUCUAUACCACCGACCCCUUCUCAUGGUGUUGAGUUUGAAAGUUCGCUUUCUGAGAGAUCUGUUGCCUCCAGUGUUGGAUCAUUAUCUCAUUCAAAUGAAUUGAACAAUAGUUGGGGUGCAUAUGGAAAAGUCUGCAAGCUAGAUAAACCUUGCACCGUGGACGAAGUUCAUCUUCGUAGAUUUGAUGGACUAUUGGAAAAUGGAGGUGUCCACCGUUGCGCCAUUGCUAGUAUAACAGUUAAAGCUCCUGUUUCUGAAGUUUGGAAAGUUCUAACCGCUUAUGAGAGUCUUCCAGAGAUAGUUCCAAAUUUGGCAAUCAGCAAGAUUUUGUCACGCGAAAACAACAAAGUCCGAAUACUUCAGGAAGGAUGCAAAGGCCUGCUUUACAUGGUGCUUCAUGCGAGAGCUGUUCUCGAUUUGUCUGAGAGUCGUGAGCAGGAAAUCAGAUUCGAGCAGGUCGAAGGAGACUUUGACUCGCUUGAGGGGAAAUGGAUUUUUGAACAAUUAGGAAGCCAUCACACACUUCUCAAGUAUACUGUGGAGUCCAAAAUGCGAAAAGAUACAUUUCUUUCUGAAGCAAUCAUGGAAGAGGUUAUUUACGAAGAUCUUCCAUCAAAUUUAUGCGCUAUCCGGGAUUACGUCGAGAAAAGAGUAGAGCAGUCUUCAGAGUCAUGUAAAGUGGAAACAUGUCAUGUUUCAGAGGAAACGUGUUCAUCUCGUGCUGCAUCAGUGGAGACAGUUUGCAACAAUGAUGAUGGUACAGACCAAACUAAGCAGAGACCGAGGAUUCCUAAUCUGCAACGAGACAUCGAAGUGUUGAAAUCAGAGAUUCUUAAGUUCAUAUCUGAACAUGGACAAGAAGGAUUCAUGCCUAUGAGAAAGCAGCUCCGGUUACAUGGAAGAGUUGACAUUGAGAAAGCCAUUACAAAAAUGGGUGGAUUUAGGAGAAUAGCUUUGAUGAUGAACCUUUCACUUGCUUAUAAACACCGAAAACCGAAAGGAUAUUGGGACAAUCUCGAGAACUUGCAAGACGAGAUAGGAAGAUUUCAAAAAAGUUGGGGAAUGGAUCCAUCAUUUAUGCCAAGCAGAAAAUCGUUUGAGCGCGCAGGUCGUUAUGACAUUGCGCGUGCGCUGGAGAAAUGGGGAGGGUUACACGAAGUGUCUCGUCUUUUAGCAUUGAACGUGAGACAUCCAAACAGGCAGCUAAAUUCGCGUAAAGACAAUGGUAACCCAAUACAGAGGACAGAGUCCAUUGAUACCGAUCUAAAUUCGACGAUUAAUAACAAGAAAAACAAACCUUAUGUCUCUCAAGAUACAGAGAAAUGGUUGUAUAAACUUAAAGAUCUUGAUAUCAAUUGGGUUCAAUAA